UAUGUGUGUUGGUGAAUGUGAGUACGGGGAAGCCGCGGCCGCCAUUUCAGAGAGCUUGCCGACGCUGUCGCAGGGGUGGAUCCUGAGCUGCCGAAGCCGUCGUCCUGCAAGCCAACGCGGGCUCUUCUAAUCCAGUUGUUUCUUUUAGAUUCGCUCGGGUCUAUCCGCCCUAGGAGCCCGAAAUUCGGGCUAGGCGGUACCGCGGCCUGGGCCUAGCGGCUUAACUGAAGCAGCAGCGGCGGCAGCCCAUCCCCCCCCACCGUUCCGAGUACAAGCUCCGCAGGGCCCCGAAAGCCCGCUGAGGCGUUUAGAGAAAAUGGCAGACGAUAUUGAUAUUGAAGCAAUGCUUGAGGCUCCUUACAAGAAGACUUGCCUAACGAUAUCUCACCUCUACUCCCAUGAAUUCACCUUUGAUUCCAGUGUGAACUGUCAAUCAUAAGGGCGAGAUGUGUGACAGAGGUGGCAUCAAGCUCUUACAGUCCCAACCCUCCAACGGAAAUGGGCGAAGAUCUCAGGAAUGGCAUCGGUCACAGGAAAUCGAUAGUGGCUGGCUGCUAGCAUGGCCACUUGGGGCUUAGGCAGAAAUAGAGCCAUGGUACUGACCAAAGGGACCGUAGCACAUGGAAUAAAACUCAAAACAGGACUUCAUUCAUGUUUUAUAGAAAUUCUAUUUAACCACUUCAACACUGUAAAUCUGGAUAACUUAAUAUCUAACUAUAUAAGAAAGUAAAAUUUAACAUUAAUAUGAAUUUUUAUUUUUGUAUCUUGAUGACUUAAUCGUAAGCCACAAAGUGGUUAAACACAUACCCAUCUAAAUUUUUUUAUAGCCUUCCAUGUUAAACUGUAAAUAAGUAAUUAGUUUUAAAAUUGUUUUGUAUUUUCUUAUUCCUGUUCCCUUUACCCUUUGACAACUUGAAAUGUUACCACUUCGUCCUCAUGAUGUUCUUCUAUCAACCCUGCUUAGGAUGAGAACAAGUUGAGCAGUGCUAACGGCCAUGAAGAACGUAGCAAAAAACAAAGUUUCUGCCUCCUUGGAAAGCUCUACAUCUCCUUGUGAUUGGAGUGUGGGUUUCAAGAUUCCAGAAGGUGGGAAAAAAAGCAAGAGCAGAAGUCGUAGUCAUGAACGAAAAAGAAGUAAAAGUAAGGAACGGAAGCGAAGUAGAGACAGAGAAAGGAAAAAGAGCAAAAGCCGUGAAAGGAAGCGAAGUAGAAGCAAAGAAAGGAGACGGAGCCGUUCAAGAAGUCGAGACCGCAGAUUCAGAGGCCGCUACCGAAGUCCUUACUCCGGACCAAAAUUUAACAGUGCCAUCCGAGGAAAGAUUGGGUUGCCUCAUAGCAUCAAAUUAAGCAGACGACGCUCCCGAAGCAAAAGUCCAUUCAGAAAAGACAAGAGCCCUGUGAGGGAACCUAUUGAUAAUCUAACUCCUGAGGAAAGAGAUGCAAGAACAGUUUUCUGCAUGCAGCUGGCAGCAAGAAUUCGGCCAAGGGAUUUGGAAGAGUUUUUCUCCACAGUGGGAAAGGUUCGCGAUGUGAGGAUGAUUUCUGAUAGAAAUUCAAGACGUUCCAAAGGAAUUGCUUAUGUGGAGUUUGUCGAUGUUAGCUCAGUGCCUCUAGCAAUAGGAUUAACUGGCCAGCGUGUUCUAGGAGUGCCUAUCAUAGUACAGGCAUCUCAGGCAGAAAAAAACAGAGCUGCAGCAAUGGCAAACAAUCUGCAAAAGGGAAGUGCUGGACCUAUGAGGCUUUAUGUGGGCUCUUUACACUUUAACAUAACUGAAGAUAUGCUUCGGGGAAUCUUUGAACCUUUUGGAAGAAUUGAAAGUAUCCAGCUCAUGAUGGAUAGUGAAACAGGUCGAUCCAAAGGAUAUGGAUUUAUUACGUUUUCUGACUCAGAAUGUGCCAAGAAAGCUUUGGAACAACUUAAUGGUUUUGAGCUAGCAGGGAGACCAAUGAAAGUUGGUCAUGUUACUGAACGUACUGAUGCCUCCAGUGCUAGCUCAUUUUUGGACAGUGAUGAACUGGAAAGGACUGGAAUUGACUUGGGAACAACUGGUCGUCUCCAAUUAAUGGCAAGACUUGCAGAGGGUACAGGUCUGCAGAUCCCACCAGCGGCACAGCAAGCUCUACAGAUGAGUGGCUCUUUGGCAUUUGGUGCUGUGGCAGAAUUCUCUUUUGUUAUAGAUUUGCAAACAAGACUUUCCCAACAAACUGAAGCUUCAGCUUUAGCUGCAGCUGCCUCUGUUCAGCCUCUUGCAACACAGUGUUUCCAACUCUCUAACAUGUUUAACCCUCAAACAGAAGAAGAAGUUGGUUGGGAUACAGAGAUUAAGGAUGAUGUGAUUGAAGAAUGUAAUAAACAUGGAGGAGUUAUUCAUAUUUAUGUUGACAAAAAUUCAGCUCAGGGCAAUGUGUAUGUGAAGUGCCCAUCAAUUGCUGCAGCCAUUGCUGCCGUCAAUGCACUGCAUGGCAGAUGGUUUGCUGGUAAAAUGAUAACAGCAGCAUAUGUACCUCUUCCAACUUAUCACAACCUCUUUCCUGAUUCUAUGACAGCAACACAACUACUGGUUCCAAGUAGACGAUGAAGGAAGAUAUAGUCCCUUAUGUACAUAGCUUUUUUUUUCUUGAGAAUUCAUCCUGAGUUAUCUUUUAUUUAGACAAAAAUAAAGAGGCAAGGGUCUACUGUCAUUUGUAUACAAUUCCUGUUACCUUGAAAAAAUAAAAAUGUUAACAGGAAUGCAGUGUGCUCAUUCUCCCUAACUAGCAAAUCCCACUGUAUACAAAGCUGUUCUCUUGUUCUGCCUUUUAAAUGUACAUGUAGAAAAUUACAUUAAGGAUCUGUAGAAAUAGCUCUUAGAGGAACAAAUGUGCUUAAUGUAAAAAGGCAGACUGGGAUGUAAUGAUGUUUUUAAUGUUUCAGAAGCCUAACUUUUUACAAAACAGUUGUUUCACAUUUCACUAAUGUUGCUAUUGGCUAAUGAUUUAGGACAGGUUUCUGGAAUACACAUUUACUGUAAAUGUGUAUGGAAAUUCAGGACAGCUAAAGGGCUGUUGGAUUAACAUCUCAUCUUGCAUUCUCAGCAAUUGGCAAGAAAAAAUUUCAUAAUUACAUUUCUGGAUGGUAUGUUUUCAUUAAUGUAUCUGUAAAACUUUCUCUGUAAAUACUACGUGUUCUGGUGUGUCCAAGAUUCCAAACAAAAUGAUCCCUGCAUUUCCUCAAGAUGUUUAGUGACAGUCUGGUAAGCAAAGCAGUCUGAGCAAGAAAUAGGAAAUGCAGAAAUAGGUUUUGUCUGAUUGCAUAUAAUCUUUGCUCUUUUUAAGCUCUGUGAGCUCUGAAAUAUAUUUUUGGGUUACUUCAGUGUGUUUGACAAGACAGCUUGAUAUUUCUAUCAAAUGACUUUCAUAUUGCAACAAUCUUUGUAAGAACCACUCAAAUAAAAUUCUCUUAAAAAGGCCACAAGAAA